AAAUUAAAUUAAUUAAAAUUAAGAAAUAAAAGAAAUGUCAUCAAUAUAAGAAAUCAAAGAAGAAAAAGAAGCUGAAUUUUAUGUUAUGGAAGCUGUUGAAUUAACAAGUGAAAGUGAACCUGAAGAUUUAGAAGGUAUUUCUGAAAUAGAUGAUAUAAAAGUAGAUGAUUAAGAUAUUGAUGAUUUAGAUAAAUUAGUAGCAACAACAAAAAAAGAAGAAUUGCCUUAACCAAAAGAAGAUUAAAAACCGAUUUCUUAAACAGUAAAAAGACUGGAAGUAGUAGAUGAUUUUAUAAGAAACUUUUUAAUAAAGCAUAAAAUGACUCGUUCAUUGGAAAUAUUUUAAGUAUUAAAAAAUAUUAUUAAUUUUUUUAUUUUUUAAAAAAAAAAUAGUAAGAAUGGUAUGAAUUGAGUUAAAAAGGGAGAUUAACAAAUGAUACCAUUAAAUAAGUUCCAGAUGUUUAUAUAAGAAAUGAAAAAUUGGAAGAUGAAAUGGAUUUUUUAAGAAAUGAAUUAGAUAAAGCUAAAAUAAUUGCUGAAAAAGCUAAGUAAAUUAAACAAAACAAAAAAAUAUAUAUAUAUAAAUAAUAAAGAGCUACAUAUGAUAAAUUACGAAAAGAAAGAGAUUUCCAUAAAAUGCAUCAUCAUAGAGUAUAAUAAGAAAAAAAGAAAUUAAAUAAUGAUAUAGAAAAAUUAAAAGCUUUACAUUAAUAAUAUGAAAAAAACUACGAAAUAUUAUCUGAAAAAUACGCACAUGCGAUGAAAGAAAAAAUGCUUUUAAAAUUAGAAAGAGAUAGAUUAACAGCUAAAAAUGAAGCACUUUAAAAAAGCUUAUAAAAUAUUGAAGAUAAAAUGGGAAAGGAAGUCACUGGUUAAAUUUAAGGAAAUACUGGAAACGAUAAUUUGCCAAGAUUGAAUGAUACAAAUAAAUAAUUACAAGAAAAUAAAAAAACAAGCCCAAGAAUGCAAAAAAAAAAUAAGAAAGAUUUUACACCAAUGCCAAAUGAUAAUCGACCAAAUCCUUAUGCUGGAAUAAAUUUCGAUACAAAUUAGUAUAGAAAUGCUGUUUUGUAAAAAACUUUUAAAUCUCAUAUGAUGUCUAUAUCUGCAGUUGCAAUGCAUCCUAAAAAAUCUAUAUGUGCUACUGCAUCUGAUGAUUUUACAUGGAAAAUUUUAACUGUACCUUAAGGAGAUCUUAUUAUGAGUGGAGAAGGACAUAGAGAUUGGGUUUCAGGAAUAGCAUUUCAUCCUAAAGGGUCUCAUUUAGUUACUUCUAGUGGUGAUUGUACUAUUAAGGUAUGGGAUUUUAUUAAUGCUUCAUGUACUCAUACUUUUAAAGAUCAUAUUUAACCUGUUUGGGAUGUUGAUUUUCAUGAUACAGGUGAUUUCUUAGUAAGUGCAUCAAUGGAUCACACAGCAAAGUUGUUUGAUUUGGGGUGUGGAAAAAGAAGGCAAACUUUUAAAGGACAUAAAGAUUCAGUAAAUUGUGUAAAGUUUUAACCGUUUUCGAAUAUAUUAGCAACUGGAAGUGCUGAUUAAACUAUUUCUUUAUGGGAUAUGAGAAGUGGCUUAUGUGCAUAAACUUUCUAUGGCCAUAGAAUUACGGUUAAUUCAUUAGAUUUUACAUUAAAGGGAGAUGUUCUUGUUUCUUGUGAUUGUGAUGGUAUUAUUAAAGUAUGGGAUGUUAGAAUGGUUAAAGAAAAAAAUUAAUAUUUGAAUGGAAAAUAUAGUGCUAAUUCUGUUUGUUUUGAUAAGAGUGGUGUUAUUAUAGCUUGUGCAGAUGACGAAGGAACUAUAAAAUUAUAUAAUGAAAGUACUGGAAAACUUGAACAUACAUUAAAAGGACAUGAAGAUGCUGUAUAAGAUGUUAAAUUUGAUUUUAAUUCAAAAAUGAUUGUAUCAGUUGGUUCUGAUUCAACAUUAAGAGUUUGGUAGUGAAUUAAAUAUUUUAUAUUAAUUUAAAUUUAUAAUAAUCUUUAUUUAUGAAUUUCUAUUAUAGAUUAGAAUUAUUUUUUUGUUUAUAAAAAAUUAAUAUAAAAAUUAUGUUAUUGUAUUAAUAUUAAAUAC